AUGUUAAAUGAUUAUACAAAUAAUGGACAUAUUGUAAAGUUUAAUGAAAAUCCAUUAGCAAUAUUAGUUGUUACUCCUAUUAUGCAGAGAGCGCAUACCUUAGCUUUUUCUAAGGAUAUAGCUUUUGUGGACAGCACCUCAUCAUGUGAUACGCAAAGUCAUUCUGUUACGUUUAUGUUAACUUCAUGUGGCAUUGGAGCUGUUCCACUAGGAAUGUUUAUAACUAAAGGACAAACAACCGAUGACUAUAAAGCAGCUUUUACAUUAUUGAAAGACUCAGUUCCAUGUAGUUUUGGUGGUCAUGGAUUUCCUAAACAGUUUAUUAUCGAUGAUAGUGAGGCAGAAAGGCAAGCAUUAAGAGCAAUUUGGCCAGAAUCUAGCAUUUUUCUCUGUAGGUUUCAUGUUUUGCAAUCAGUAUGGAGAUGGUUAUGGGAUUCAAAACAUGACAUUCGCAAUGAAGAUAGGAAAUUAUUAUUUAAAUUAUUCCAAACUAUUUUGAAUGCAUCUAAUAACAGUAGUGCCAGUGAAGCAUAUAGUAUUGCUAUUGAAGUUUGGUGUCUGGCUUUUAGAGAUGCUUCUGUACAUGGUAACCAGACAAAUAACUUUAGUGAAGUGAAUGUACGCAUAUUUAAAGAUAUUGUGCUCUCUAGAAAUAAAGCAUACAAUGCAGUUGCUUUGGUUGAUUUUUUUUGCACUAGUCUUGAGGAAUAUUAUUUAAGGCGUUUAAGAACAUUUGUAAAUAGCAGAAAUGAUACUGCAAGACUGCUUUUCCAAGAUCAAUUAAAAAGAUACAUUAACAAAAAUGCAAUAGAAAAAUUACCAAAUAAUUUAUUUAAAGUGCCAUCGGAAACUAAUAGUGGUUUUUAUGAAGUUGAUGUUACUUAUGAAUGUUGUAACUGCUCAAAAAGAAAUUUAGGAGCUUUUUGUAACCAUCAAGCUGCAGUAUAUCAUCAUUUCAACACAAGUAUGCCAAAUCUACCUGCUAUAACUGUAAACUGCCGCUUACUUUUGGCUAAAUUAGCAUUUGGGGAACAUGUACCUGAUAAAUUAUUUUAUAUGCCACUUGUCUGUAAAUCAGAUUCUGAUAAAAUUAAUGAAUCAUUGAAUGAAGCUACACCUGGUAAUUAUGAAAAGAACGAACCAUCAUGUUGUAAAAUACCAACAACUUUAACAAAUCAAGCUUUAGAAGUUGACUCUAAUUCGAACUCUGAAUAUUAUGCUGAACAAAUUCAGGAAUUAUUUAAAUCAAAUUUGGAAAGAUAUACAUCAUCAACUUCAGUAUCAGUCCUCAGCAAAUGUCUAGAUCGUUUAAAAAAAGUAAAAUCUGCUGCUUCUUGGGAGUCAUUUAUGAGUACUGCUGGUAGUAAUAUUUCUCUGAGGCAUCGAACUAGAGCAACUAUUCGAGUGCAACCUACAGCAAUAAAUAGAAGAAAACUGGGGAUCACAAGAGGCAGCAAACGAUUACCUUUAGGGCGACCAUUGAAUGCCGAUAUAAAUAGAAAAAGAAAAGAAAAGAAUUUAGGAGAAAAUGUUCAAAAGAAUGUUCCAAAUGCUAAAUCGCGUGGAACAGGUCAUUAA